AACGUGUAUAAAGUUGCCGUUCGCUGAGACACCCACAAAAAACGUUGAAACUUCCUCUUAUAAAGAAGAUUGCGGCAAAUUCCUACGGUUUUAAUAUCACGUGUAAAGUGAAAUUUAAUUGAUCAAUAAUAUUCCGGAAAUUCGUGUGUUUUUUAAACACAGAAAAAUGAAGCCAGUUUUAUUUCUAUUUUUGGCAAUUGCUGGUUAUUGCAGUGUUUCUGCUUUGAAAGAAGGAGAUUGUGAAGUUUGUGUGGCCACCUUGAACAAAUUCGCAGCAACGUUGACAGAUGAGGAUAAAAAAGAUCCAAAAACGAUUGAAACGAGAUUCAAAAGUUUCUGUAAAGGAAGCAAAUCAAAAGAAAAUAGAUUCUGUUACUACCUCGGAGGGCUUGCAGAAUCUGCGACUGGAACUUUGGGAGAAAUUAGCAAACCUCUUUCUUGGUCAAUGCCAGGAGAUAAAAUCUGCGAGAAACUUAAAAAGAAGGAUGCGCAGAUCUGUGAUUUGAGAUUCGAGAAACAAAUAGACCUAGACACCGUCGACCUGAAAAAACUGAAGGUUCGUGACCUGAAGAAAGUGUUGAACGACUGGGACGAGACUUGUGAUGGCUGUAUCGAAAAAUCCGACUUUAUUCAACGAAUCGAAGAGCUCAAGCCUAAAUAUUCAAGAAGCCCAAAGACCGAGCUUUGAGCGGAAUUUGGCUCUAUAGACUGAAUAUCCAAAAAAUGUCGUCAUUAGCUCAGUUGGGAUCUUUCGAGGUUUCAAUUCGCAGAGAAUUUGUGUGCAUAAUUCUUAGGUCUGUAAAUAAUUCUGUGCGCGUUUGUGCAUUUUAGAGGAUAGACCCGGACUAUGUUUAUUCAUUUAUUUAAUUGUUUAUUUAUUUUCUGGCGAUGAAUUCGCCAUUCAAUCAAGUUUCCAUUCCAAAAAUCAGCGGUGAUAAAUAUUUCAAUAGUUUUAAUAUUUUCAAUUGGACUUUAAAUCUGAAUUUGAGUUUAGCUUUCACGAGAAGAAUUUUUUAAAAUGAAAUUGUGUGUUUUAAAAUAUCAGCUAAAAAUUGAAGUUUUGUUAUCAUUUGAGAAAAGUGUAAUUUGCAGGUUUUUUUUCUCGAUAGUUAUAAAAAUGUGUGCUGCUCUUUGGCAGAGUGUGUGAUUUAACUCCGUGAAACGGCCAGAUUGUAAUAUACAAAAUGCCAAAUCUAGAUUGUUAAAAUAAUUGCAUAUAGUUAUCAUUAAUUGUAAGCAAUCAUUGUGAGACACUCCUGUUUUUCCUAGAGUCAAUGCAAUCGACGAGAAAGCAGGAUGCAAUAAUUUUAACGAAACUGUUUUUUAAAUAAAAUUUAUUCUUCUUUUAUUAAU